GUUGUUGUAGUAGGUUGGUGGGCUGUUGGUGGGUUUGAGGGAGGAGGUGGCGGGGAAGACAGCCUGGGGGCCGGUCAUGGCGCUGAGGCCUGACCCAGGGGAAAAUGAAUAAGGGCUGGCUGGAGCUGGAGAGCGACCCUGGGCUCUUCACUCUUCUAGUAGAGGAUUUUGGUGUUAAAGGGGUGCAAGUUGAAGAAAUCUAUGAUCUACAGAGCAAAUGCCAAGGGCCAGUGUAUGGAUUCAUUUUCCUCUUCAAAUGGAUCGAGGAGCGCAGGUCCCGACGAAAGGUCUCUACACUGGUAGAUGAGACAUCUGUAAUUGAUGAUGACAUAGUGAAUAACAUGUUCUUUGCUCAUCAGCUGAUUCCCAAUUCUUGUGCCACACAUGCCUUGUUGAGUGUCCUUCUGAACUGCAGCAAUGUGGAUCUGGGGCCAACCCUGAGCCGAAUGAAGGAGUUCACUAAAGGGUUUAGUCCAGAGAGCAAAGGCUAUGCAAUUGGGAAUGCCCCAGAAUUGGCCAAAGCCCAUAACAGUCAUGCUAGGCCAGAGCCGCGGCAUUUGCCAGAAAAACAGAAUGGGAUCAGUGCUGUGCGGACCAUGGAGGCGUUUCACUUUGUCAGCUAUGUUCCCAUCAAGGGACGGCUCUUUGAACUGGAUGGCUUGAAAGUUUAUCCCAUUGAUCAUGGGCCGUGGGCAGAAGAUGAGGAAUGGACAGACAAAGCCAGGAGAGUUAUUAUGGAGAGGAUUGGACUCGCUACAGCAGGGGAACCAUAUCAUGACAUCCGUUUCAACUUGAUGGCAGUGGUGCCUGACAGGAGGGUGAAAUAUGAAUCCAAGCUGCAGAUCUUGAAGAUGAACAGGCAAACUGUAUUAGAGGCUUUGCAGCAGCUAAUCCGAGUGACUCAACCAGAGCUUGUUCAUACCCAGAAGUCCCAGGAGCCCCAGGGUUCUGAGGAGUCCAAGUCAGGUACCAACAAGACCCCUACUGCGCUGGAACUAGGGAGAGUACAACUGGCCCCUGAGAGCUCACAGGCAGAGAGUGCUGAGGAUUCUACGGGCCAAAAUCAGCCUGCCUCAACCCAGAACCUGCCAAGCAAAUCCAAGCUGAGCAAUAAAUCAUCUGUGAGCAGUAUAAAUGGGGCACUGGCAACCCCCAGUCCCAUUGUACAGAGGCUGCCAGCUUUCCUGGAUAAUCACAACUAUGCUAAGUCACCCAUGCAGGAAGAGGAAGACCUUGCAGCAGGAGUGGGCCGUAGCCGGGUUCCUGUACGGCAGCACCAGCAAUAUUCUGAUGAUGAGGAUGACUAUGAUGAUGACGAUGAAGAGGAGGUUUGCAGUGCCAAUCCUGCCAUGAGAUUCAAGAGGAAGGGGCAGAUGAAGCAGGACAACCUGGUUGGGAGUGCAGAUAGCCAGCUCUCCAUGCUUCAGCCCAACACAAUUAAUGUGCUGACGGAGAAGCUCAAGGAAACACAAAAAGACCUCUCCAUUCCUCUGUCUAUUAAGACCAGCAGUGGAGGCACCGCAGUUGCUGUUGUUGCCCAUUCCCAGCCAUCUCCUACACCUAGCAAUGAGAGCACGGACACUGCCUCCGAGAUUGGGAGUGCCUUCAAUUCCCCACUCCGUUCCCCCAUCCGGUCAGCCAAUCCCACCCGGCCCUCCAGUCCUGUUACUUCCCACAUUUCAAAGGUGCUAUUUGGGGAGGAGGACAGCUUGCUGCGUGUGGACUGCAUGCGCUACAACCGGGCUGUGAGAGAUUUGGGUCCCAUGAUCAGCACAGGCUUGCUACACCUCACAGAGGAUGGGGUGUUCUGCCCACUUACAAUCACAGAUGGUGGGAAAAACUCCCCUCUGAGUAAAUCAAGUGAAGAGGUUCAGGCCAGUGUCAAACUAGAAGAGAGAGACUCAAGUGAACCAAAUGACAGCAAGGAGAAAGUGGGACAUAGCCGGUCAAGUGAUCCACCAUGUGGGGAAAAGUAUUCUCCAAAAGAGCUGCUGGCACUGCUGAAAUGUGUGGAAGCUGAAAUUGCAAACUAUGAAGCCUUUUUAAAAGAGGAGGUAGAGAAAAGAAAGAAAUUCAAGAUUGAUGACCAGAGAAGAACUCACAAUUAUGAUGAAUUCAUUUGCACCUUUAUCUCCAUGCUGGCACAAGAAGGAAUGCUGGCUAGUCUUGUAGAGCAAAACAUCUCUGUCCGUAGACGGCAAGGAGUCAGCAUUGGGCGCCUCCACAAACAGCGGAAGCCAGAUCGGCGGAAACGUUCCCGGCCAUAUAAAGCCAAACGUCAAUAGCAUCGGUCUUUGGACAGUACUCUUGUGUGCACUGCUUGCUGCUGUUGAUCAUGUGGUGCAAAUGCCAGGCAUUUCUGUGCCAGUGCUGAGGAGCAAGGCUCUGCGCUGGACUCCUCUGCUCAAACCAUCAGUGUUAGUGUAAUGUUACACAUGAAUCCCAUUGCAUUCAGCUGGGCUUUAGAUGUCUCUCUCCCCCAUGGUGGUUGCCAUGUGGGAAUCCCACUUCUAUAUAUUUUGGGGGGGGAUUUUCCCGAAGAGAAGAUGCUUGCAAUGUUAUGGACUGGUCCAUUUAAAGGACCUACAGACAUAGCCUUGAACUUGUUGUUCAGGGCCCUCAACUCACUUGCAGUAUAUUUUGCCACAACUAAUGGCAGUCUUCUGAGACUCUGUACCAGUUAAAGGGAUAAGCCAAUCUCUGCUGCCCUCUGGAAGGCCAUUGGGGCUGGUGUUAAUGCAGUGGUAGGUGUAGUCUCAGAGUUGGAAUAAAUGAAGUACUGUUCACUGCCAGUGAUUACUCCCUGGGAAGAUGACAUCUAUUUUUUGCAUUGGAUAGUGUUUUUUUGUUCUGACAAGUGGUUGCUGAUCUUUUUUGUUGUUGUAGCUCUUCCUCCCAUUCCAGGAAUCUACUGCUUGCUAUGCAUUUGAGUCAUCCUGUUCUUUCAUUUGUUCUUUGCAAGUAGGCUGUACAUUCAGUAUCAGUCUCUUGUUUUUUCUCUGGGUGGCUUCUCCUGUUUGAGGUGAGUGUGCACAAUGUGAUGAGUAUGUAUGAAAUCUGUGUCAUAGGAGGUGGGAGCCUGGCAGCAUGAGAAUUGCUGCUCUCUGGUCUAUACGUGUGGGAUCUUCAGAGCGCUAAAAGCAGCUAAAGUCCAGGUCUUCAGCCUUGUAAACUUGAGCCUUUGGCAUUUCUUCAAAUAGUGCUGCACAAAACCAUGUUGUUAACCCUGCCCUCCUCCUCCAGGAUGGCACAGCUUAGAUAUGGCUGGAUCAAUGAUACAAGAUGCUCUAAAUAUGCUGAUAAUAGGCAAGAAAUACCACUGACACCACACCAAGAACUAGCAGUCUGGAGGAGUGUUAAAUGGGUAAGAACCAUGGUUUUGUUGUGUGUGCAUGUGUUAUUUCAGGUAUGCUGUGGGAAAAGCCAUGGGAUGCUGCCAGUACAAGAGAAUUGGCCCCUACUUGGUAUUCAAAGCUGGCAACUCAGAUAAUAGGUUCUAUAUCCCACUGCAGUGGGAGAUGUGGCUUUGGCUGAUGUGAGUACUGUGGUUACCAUCUAGGGUGAGAAGGCAUGUCCCAGCCUUAGCUUUCUGGAUAGUGUCAGCUAAGACUUGGGAUGACGUCAACAAUGCUGACUCCAUGACAUUGGAAGGUACCUUCUCCUACCUCACUGGUUACUGUCUCCCAUUGCAGCAAGGGACCUUAAAAGUAAAAUCAGUUCAUGUAGUUGACACUUAUACUGUCACUACAGCACUGAGGAGUUCCUUGGCUUUAUAAUUUUUUUCCCUGUCCAGACAAAAGGUAGCUUGUUUCGAAAAUGAAUUUAUGCAUUGUAUGGCCAUGACAGCAACAUUUGUAAACAUGGAUUAAAGAUAAAUAGCAGGCUGUGAUAAGUUAUCUACUUUAUCCAAACUGGUAUUCCAAAGACUCUUUUAUCCUCCUCCCCCCCGCUUGUAACUGAUUGUAAAUAGCUGAAUCUCCUCUUGUACCCCUGGGUAAGAGCAGGCAUUGUACUAGCUGGAAAAUACCAAGCAGUGGAAUUCAGAUGACCACAAGAUGCAGAAACCAGUUUUUGAGAAGAUGAUAAUGCAGCUGCAAACAGAACUUCAUUUGCUUUUCUUUGUGUACAGAUGCUGAUGAUAGUUUCUUUUUAAUAUGUUGACAGAAUGAUCUGUCUCUUGCUUUGCUGGUUUCAAGUGCUGUAAAUACCAAGUUCAAAAGAAUAAAAUGUAUACCUGUUGGACCUCUA